AUGAGUUCAAAAUCAGCAGCAGCAAUUUUACAACGACAAUUUAAAGAUUUAACUGAUCCUAAAAAAAGAAUUCCAUCUUUCUAUAUAGAAUUAGAUGAUGAUAAUAUUUUUUUAUGGAAUAUUGGAGUAAUGGUAUUAAAUCCAGAUUCUUUAUAUCAUGGAGGAUAUUUUAAAGGUCAAAUGAGAUUUCCUCAAGAUUUCCCUUUCUCACCACCAAGUUUUAGAUUUACUCCUGCAAUAUAUCAUCCAAAUAUUUAUAGAGAUGGUAGAUUAUGUAUAAGUAUAUUACAUCAAGGAGGUGAUCCAACUUCUGAUGAACCAGAAAGUGAAACUUGGUCACCAGCACAAACUGUUGAAAGUGUAUUAAUUUCAAUUAUUUCUUUAUUAGAUGAUCCAAAUGGUAAUUCUCCUGCAAAUAUUGAUGCAAGUGUUGAAUUUAGAAAAAAUUUUGAAGAAUAUAAAAAAAAAGUAACAAAGGAAGUUUUAAGAUCCAAAAAAGAUAUUCCUGAAGAUUUUAUAAUGCCUGAUGAUAAUGAAAAUGCUUAUAGUAAUCCAAAUAUGAAAAAUUCAAAUUUAAUUGAUGAACCAAUUGAUGAAGAUUUUUGGUAUGAAAGUGAAGAAGAAGAAGAUGAGGAAGAGGAAGAUGAAGAUGAAGACGAAGAUGAAGAUGUUGAUUCUGGUGAUGAAGAUGAAAGUUUUGAUGAAGAAAGUUUAAUGGAUGAAAAUGUUGAAGAUGUAGAUGAAGAAGAUGAAGAUGAAGAAGAACAAGAUGAAGAAAUGAUCACUAAAUGA